UGAUGAGAGAAGGCAACGGUCCAACGCCCAACGGAAACGGUGAAAACGGGGUUGGCGGAAUCCAAACGCCGGGAUUCACCGGAUUUAAACCCGCGGCGUGAGGUCCGUGGCCAACUCUCCCUCCAUCCCUCUCCCUUUUUGCUACAAUUUCCAACAACACUCUCCCGAUAUAGCCCUUGGCUGCCAUUGUCCGAGAAUCUGAGUUAGACAGUACUACUAUUACUACCUAGCUACUCGACGACAGAAGAGCCGCCGCCGCCAUAGGCACCGGAUAAGAAAGCAAGCAGCGGCGGAGAAGGAGACGGCGGAGCGAUGGGGAGAUCCAAUCCCUGCUUCAAGAUUAUCACAUGCGGGAGCGAUUCCGCAGUUGAGAAGGAUGACAUUGAUAUCCAAGCUCCCGAGAACAAAAGUUCAAGUGACAAGCGUGGGUGGAGUUUCCGGAAAAGAUCAGCCCGUCAUAGAGUACUAAGCAAUAAUGUCACAUCAGAAUCCCCCUCUACAACAAUCAAGGAAAGCAUAGAACCUGCCAGUCUUAACUAUCAACAACAGGAUACUCCUUCAGUUCCUGAGAAAACUUCAGUUGUGGAAUGCGUUGAUGAGAAGCCAACAUUGCCAAUCCCUGUGGAAGAGAAAGCAUCCAAGACCAUUACACUCGACAAGGACGAAAAGGAAGCUGAUUGCAAUAUGGAAGAAUCAGUUGUUGUCAUCCUACAGUCUGCAGCCAGAACUUUUAUGGCUAAAAAAGAACUUGUCAGGCUUAAGAGUGUGGUGAAGCUGCAAGCUGUUGUUCGUGGCCACCUGGUCAGACAACGUGCUCUGGGAACCCUACGCUGUGUUCAGGCCAUUACUAAAAUGCAACUACUUGUACGUGCCCGUCAUGCUCGUAAUCGAGAGUCGAACGUUGACAAUGGGAAAAUGGCUUCCUCAAAAGCCUUGAAAAAGGAACUCUCUGUAUCCAAACCAACGGUAACUUAUACUUCACUAGAGAAGUUGCUGAGUAACAGAUUUGCUCGUCAGCUAGUAGGUUCAACACCAAAGUCAAGACCCAUCAACAUCAAGUGUGAUCCUCUACAGCCAAAUUCCUCUUGGGUCUGGUUGGAGAGAUGGACGUCUGCUUCAUCAGUUGAGCCCACACCAAAACCGGAGCUAACACCAAAACCAAAGUCAUUCCCUGAAAAGGUGGAAGAAGAGAAACAAGAGGAGCAUUCUGUGGUGUCUGAGAGUUCCCUCGUGGUUGAAGAUUCGAGAUCCCACAUUGAGGAAGCUGUUUCUUCGCUCCAAAGUAAAGAAAAUCACAUUACAUAUAAUGCAAGUGAUCCCAAGUUUAAGGAAUGCCAAGCAUCAACCCAUCCAGCAGGAGAUAACUCGGAGCAGCCUCAAAGUUCUGUGGAUAUUCCUUAUGAUGAUGUUAAGGAGACAUCAGUUGACUCAAGUCAUCUUCCAAGUCAGACGUUGCAGUCAGAUGUACAUGGUCAACCGGCCCAAGAAUCCGAACAACCUGAACCCCCAAAACGAUCUUCUAUGAAAAGACUUGCCUCAGAUGAUUUAGAGACUGAAGGAAAGAAGUUUGUUUAUGGAUCGAGGAAGGUUAGCAACCCUGCAUUUGUUGCUGCACAGUCCAAAUUCGAGCAUGGGCUGGGUCCAGCUACCGAUUCAAACAAAAGACACAACCGAGUGCAACAACAAGAUGCAGGACUUGAACUUGAACUGCAGAAAGCUUCCUCUGAAGAGACUCUGGCCGUGGCUAAGGAACCUGGUACCUCUGAACACUCGGUCACCAAUAUUUCAACCGUGCAAUAUGGCGCUUCGGAAUGUGGUACCGAGCUCUCUGUCACCUCGACUCUCGACUCACCUGACAUAUCGGAAGUUGGAGCAGCAGAACUCGAGCACAGGCAAGAAUUGAAAACUUCAGAAGAGGAAACCCACAGCUCUAGUGUGGUAAAGAAUGCAGGUGAAGAAUGCAAGGAUGCAUCGGAAGAUCCCUUGCCGAAUCCUUCUAAUUUUGUCACUCAGCCUGAAGAACUCAAUGAUGUGAAGAGUGAAGCUAUCAUUAACUCAGUCCACUCACCCGAGGUAGAAGUACAGCGAGAAAAAGAAGAAGCUGAGAGAUCUCUGGGAGCUGCCUCUCCCACCAGAAGCCAAAUUACCAUCCCUGGGGAGUCCCACGGAACGCCUGCAAGUCAAGUGUCGGUAACUAAAAGCGAGAAACGCGAGAGAAGAGCUUCUUCAACUCAGAAAAGGAAGUCGUUGUCUGCUGGUAACAAAAAGUCUGCACCAUCCCCUCAAAGUGAUUCCAACGCGAGGAACAGCGGGAAGCGGAGGAACUCAUUUGGCUCGCCUAAACGAGAUGACAACGCCACCAACGACCAAGAUCCUCGGCCCAGUAACAGCAGCAGCAACAGCAGCUCGGUCCCACGGUUCAUGCAAGUCACCGAGUCCGCAAGAGCCAAGCUUCAGGCUAUUAAUAGCUCUCCAAGAUCGAGCCCGGAUGUGAACGACCGAGAGUACAUCAAGAAGCGUCAUUCUUUGCCAGGAGCAAAUGGGAGACAUGAUUCUCCACGCAUCCAGCGGACUGCUUCUCAAACUCAACCAGCUUCAAAGAAUGAGAAAAAGUGGCAGAGGUGAAGAAAUGUAGGAUGAAGGCACAGCCCAUUGAAGGGUUUGUUCAGGUAACUUCCCUUCCUCUUCCGGAUGCUUGAUGACGGGAAGAUUAUAUGAUAUAUUGAUAUACGUACGUAGGGAGAAGCGAGUGGUUUGGAGGAACGAGUAGAUAGGUAACCUGGAGAGCAAGAUGGAGUUUGUGUGUUGUAUAUUUGCUGCUGGGAAUGGAAUUUUUUUAGCGCACAUAAUUACCAGAGGAGAACUCCACAGUCGACACUGUUACUUACAUACAGAGUUUUCCGAUUGAUUGUUUGUUUGUUGCUGUUGUUUGUUCAAAUUUGUCUGCGUGAUAAUUACUUUUUCGCUGUAUUUUGGUUCCAUUUUCUUUCGUUUGUGGCGCUGGAUUAUGUUUAUUGCUAUCUAUUGUAAAACGGAUUUUGUAUUUUAUUACUGCGUAUUAACUGGUUAAUGACUUUGAAAAGCCUGUUUGGUUACGUUGAACAUUUUCGCGAAAUGAUGGUGAAGGUGAUGCCAAUCUGAUUAUUUGUAGUCUCAACUCAAGUCUCGGAA